CUUAACCGCGAAGCUCUCGCACCCGCCACUCUCUUUACUUUCGUUUUCCAGCCGCACAAGACCCGUUCACCCAACCUCUCCCCACUCUCCGGCAAAUGUUCUUGGUCUUACUCCCCGAUAGCGCGUAAUCCAUCACCCAUGAACCACAGUAAAUCGACGUUUUGCUUCCUUUAGACACUUUCGGAACAACAAGCAUUUGAGCGGCUUGUUCCUCUCCCUCCCUCGACUGUGCGGUUUUCACCUCAAAGUGGCGGCGCGACUUCUCCCUUCCCGGCGACGUAUCAGAGACGCGUUUUCUGACAUCUUUGAAGAUCUUCUGCGGCACACAGGCGUUUUAGGAUCAAGCUUAUUCCGACUCCAAAUAGCAAGCAUUUGACGCUGUUUGGCAGCUUUCAGUAGCUUCCUGUUGACAGGCCUGUUUGUUUAGGUUUAACAAACUAAUAAAUUGGUCCAACAAGUCCUCUGGACUUCAUCGCAUAAGAUGGGGUCAGCAUCAAAAAAGGAAAGAAAAUUACAAGCCAUUGAUAGUGGGUCUGAAGAUUUUGAAGACAUAGAUGAUUUUGAACUUCCUGUUGAGGAAGAGGAAUACUCAAGUGACGAAGAUGACAAUUCAGAGAAUGAGGAAGAAGAAGUCGAAGACGAAGAGGAUGAGGAUGAGGAUGAAGAGCAAUUAGAAGAGGAAGAUGGAGGGGAGGAGGACCGUAAAGAUGCCGAGAUGGAGGAACUUGAAAAAGAAUAUAUGGAUCUUCGUCACCAGGAGCAAGACAUUUUGAAGAAUUUGAAGCAACAUAAGGAUGAGGAUUUUCUUAAAGGUCAAGCAGUGAAGAAUCAAAGGGCUUUGUGGGACAAAAGUCUUGAGCUUAGAUUUUUGCUUCAAAAGGCGUUCUCCAACUCAAAUAGAUUGCCAAAGGAACCAAUUAAGUCCUCAUUUUGUGAAUUAGACAACGGUGUUGAGGUGGCAUAUUCAGAUUUGGUUACAUCAUCAAAGAAUACUUUGAAUUCUUUAUUGGAACUGCAAGAGGCUUUACUUGAAAAUAAUAAGCAUAUCGUUCAAGCCACCGAUGGAACUACAAAGCUUUUGGAGUCUUUCAGAACCUCAAAUGCUCAUAAUGAAGGUGAUGAAGAUUGGUCCCGAGUUGCUCAGAUGCAUCAGAGGAUAGGUGCUUUCAGAGACAAGUCAAUUGACAAAUGGCAUAGGAAAACACAGGUUACAACAGGUGCUGCAGCUAUUAAAAGCAAAUUGCAGGCCUUUAAUCAGAAUAUUAGCGAACAAGUAGCUGCAUAUAUGAGAGAUCCAAGUAGGAUGCUUAAUCAAAUGCAGCUUGGGAGAUCAGCCAUACACGUAUUUGGAACGGUUCUUGACGAAAGCGAGAGUAAAGAGCAGGAAACACAAGUUGAAGGAGGUGACCCUGAACUUUUUGACGACUCUGAAUUCUAUCAGCAAUUAUUGAAGGAGUUCUUUGAGACGAUUGAUCCAAAUUCAUCUGAGACGGCGUUCUAUGCAUUGAAGAAGUUGCAAACAAAGAAGAGAAAGAUAGUCGAUCGGCGAGCCUCAAAGAGUCGGAAGAUAAGAUACACUGUCCACGAAAAGAUUGUGAACUUCAUGACUCCUAUGCCUGUGGAUCUUCACCAAGCCACUCCCAAACUAGUCAACAACAUUUUUGGCUUGAAAUCCCACACGUCAACUACAACCACCGCCGUUUAGUGCAUCUAUUCCGCCACCCCUCCACUCUUUUGGACUUUCGUCAUUUACUUAUUUAUCAAUCGAGCUCAUUCGGUCUUUACACCACAAUUACAAGUUUCUUGAGACAUGUUUUAAUACUUUCAUCUUGAUGAUGUGUUUCUUGAAUUGAACAAUUUUGUUUACAUUUUGGAAUAUCAAUUAUAUACCUCUUUAGCCUAUUUGCCUACUUGUUUA